GUUGUGAAUGAAAUUUUUAUUAAUUAUGAAACUGGUUAUUGGUACUUAAACAGAAAUUGUUUGGUUUGUGCAUUAGCCUCAUAUCUGGCAGUAUCUUGAAGUCUUUUAUUAUGACACUGUUUCAUUGGGCCUGCACAGUUGAAGAUUUCUGAAACCAGAGAACCUUUCUUUCUUAGAGCUAGAAGUCCAACUUUGCACAUCCAGGCAAACACAGUGCCUUUGAGCAACACAGCCAACUGGAAGGCAUCCCCCAAGCUCUGAAGUUGUUUUUACUUUCUUUUUUUUUUUUUUUCCUUUUUUUCAGAGCUGGGAACCGAACCCAGGGCCUUGCACUUGCUAGGCAAGCACUCUACCACUGAGCUAAAUCCCCAACCCCUGUUUUUACUUUCUAAAAACAACAUAGGCUAUCCUGCCUAUGUUGCGUGGUAGCCCAGGCCAGCCUAUAAAACUGAGGCUGACCUAGAACUUUGCAAACCUCGUGUCUUAGACUUCCCGGUGCUAGGUUUAUAGGUAUGAACCACUAUAUUCUACUAAGGGAUACAUCUGUUAACCAAUUGCAACAUUUGAAAUGUUUAAUAUUUAAAAUUCCUAAUGAAUAGUGAUGUGUGUUAUAAACUGAUAUAAUCAAGGGUUUGUUGCUUGAUCUUUUUGACAAUUUCCAGUAGAUGAGAUAAUCUAUAAACAUUAUGGGUAAAACCAGUAAACUAAUUUUACUUUCUAAAAACAGUUCUGCAUUAUUUAUAAUUAUAACUGGAGAAGAGGGAGAGGGUGGGGGUGAUAGGAUAUGUGUGGAGGUCAGAGGACAACCUUGAGGAAUCAGUUCUCCCCAUUCACCAAGGGUUCCAUGGAGUGGACUCAGGUUGUCAGUGCAUGGUGUGCUCUUCUUAUCCUCUCAGCCAUCUUAUUGGCCUAAUAUUCAUUUUUUAAUGAGGUAGAAGAUACAGAUAGAGAAGUGUACAAAGUGUCAACCCACUGCUGAGCUAAUACCAGAAAAGAGAACGUCUUGCACUUUAUGAACUGCCUGCAUUAGACUAGCACAACUGCACCCGGAAAUGUCUUUUGUUCUCCUCCCUUUCACCUGGCUUCCUGUAUGUACUUAAUUCUUAAAAAUAUUUUAGUUUUGUUUUUAAUUAUAUGUAUGCAGUGUCCAUAGAGAGCAGAAGUGGGCAGUGGUUCCGCAGAACAGGCAGUUGUGAAUGGCCUGGCCUGGGUGCUGAGGUGGGCACAUGUUCUUAACUUCUGAGCUGUCUGCAGGACAGAAGUUAACUCCCCUCCCCUACCAGACAGAGUCUCACUGGACAGACCAGGCUGGUCUUGAACUCACAGAUAUGCCUGCCUUGCUUCCUGAGUGCUAGGAUAGAAGGUGCCACUCUUCUCAGAUAUCGUUGGUUUUUUUGAACCCUGUUGCAGAGUCUGUAUUUAACCUUAGAUUUACUGAGAGUAACAAUGUGUUGAAUUUUCUUUGACCUUAUUUUGUGUUUUUCAGUUGCCAAUCUUUGAGGGCUUUCCCCUCACUGCAACUUACUAUGUCAACAUUCUUUAUGUCAUUUCUCCUCUCUUGUGGUCAGAAACUUGCAUGAGUGUCUCAUAUCUAUUAGAGACAUCUAUUAUCUAUUUGUCCAUCUGCUGCUCUUCUGUGAACCCUGAACAGCUUAGCGUUUUACCUGUAGCCUCUGUGGAGCCCUGAGUGAUGACAGGAGGGGUAGUUCACUGAGGUGGGGAGAGGGGUUCUAUAGCUCCGCUCAGUCCUGACAGGUGAGUAGGGUCUUGCCCACAGACGGAAGGUUCAGUCCCAGAAGACAGCCCCACUUGAGACACCAGUUACAGACCUUAAGGUGUCACUUGCCAUUCUACAUCUAGGCUCGGUGGGAGUUCACCCAGUGUACAUAUACAGAGGUACAGAGGUACCACAGGGGACACACGGGAAUAGCCAGACGGGCGGUAUCUAAGGCCAGGAAUAUGGGAAGGGGCACACCACCUCCAAGAACGUCCAUGUAAACAGCAACCCAAAAGCUCUCAGAAGCCCAUAGUUAAGAGGUUACCAUGGAGCUUCUGUCACACAGGCAGGAUUGGUUAUCAUGCAAGCCCUAUCUAUGUGCUGCCCUUCCUCGAGGGUGGGGCAUGUGCAAAAAGUAGAGGCUUGACUCUCACUCGGGCUCCUUGUGAGGCAGAGUGCAGGAGCCUGGGCUCUUACUCGCCCUCCUUGUGACCUUGAACAAAUGCUUCAUUUGUUUCCUCACCAGAGGAAUUUUAGUAAUCCUGUUCUACCUGCUGUGGGAGGCAGCUUGAUCGGGAUGCACAUGGAUGUGAAUUCUAUUAAAAAGCAAAAAGCGUAUUGUACCAAACAUGAGGCACACUAUCACCAUGACUCUGAAGUGAAACUUGGCUCUAGGUAGCUGGUUCUCACGUGCCAUGCCCUUGCGUCUGGGGAGCAAUGUGGCGAUCUUUAGCUUUGUUUUUCUUGUUCUUAUUAUUGUCCAGGUCACAUUUUUUUUUCUAUUUUAGAUAGCACUCUCCCUGUUCCUAAUUCUUCAUUCCUAUUUCCUGAAGUUCCUGCUCCCUACCCAGUACCUCGGAAAUAUUAUGGGGAGUCCCAAGGGAGGGAAAGUGUCUCUGUCUCAUUUGGGAUUUAUGAUUGAGCCUAAUUGGGUGAGCUUCCUUGUGAUUUGAGUAAUUGUUGGCCAGUGCAUUUCUUAGAGGCCUCUGACUACUGAUUGCAUUAGUGUACUGUGUGAGGAUGGCUUGUGGCUGCCUCUCUGCUGGCAGCAGUGUCCUCAGACUCAGCUUUCUGUGGAUUUGCACUGCAUUUGCUGUCUGAUUGAUGCCAUUCACAACUGAAAAGGUGUCAGGACCUAGCAGCCAGCGUUGCUUCAAUAGAUGUAAUCUUGGGAGUUACUAAGCUAUAGAUUGAGUAACAGGAGUUAGUCCUGGCAUUCUUCUGUUCUGCUUUCAAAUACUUGCUGUGAAGCUGACUGAGCUUUGAGAACAUCUAAGGAGAACAAUGGUAUGGGGGAAUCAGGGUCCUGACUUACUUUUGCUAAGGAAGAAUCUCAAUAAAGCCUUCCUUUACACACACACACACACACACACACACACACACACACACACACACACACACACAAACAUAUUUUUUAAUAUCAACAGCAGUGUCCCAUCCCUCCCCUCUCUCCUCCCAGUCCUCCCCUCUGCCCCCCUACCCAAAUUUACCUUCCUCCAUUUACCUUCAGAGAAAGGCAGGCCUCUCAUGGGUAUCAACUAAGCAUUGCAUAGCAAAUUACAGUAAGACUAGCCAUCUCCCCUUAAAUUAAGGCUGGUGAGGCACCCCAGUAUGAGGAAAAGGGUCCCAAAAGCAGGCAAAAGAGUCAGAGACAGCCCCUGCUUCCACUGUUAGGGGUCCCCAAAAAAAGAUCAAGCUACAGAACUGUGACAUACGCAGAGGGCCUAGGUCAGUCCCAUGCAGGCUCUCUGAUUAUCGUUUCAGUCUCUGUGGGCCCCUAUGAGCCCAGGUUUGUUGAGCCUGUGAGUUUUCUUGUGGUGUCCUUGACCCCUCUGGCUCCUUCCCCUCUUCUGCAGGAUUCCCUAAGCUCUGUGUGCCUAGUGUGAAUCCCUGCAUCUGUUUCCAUCAGUUGCUGGGUGAAGUCUCUCUGAUGGCUACUGGAUUACGUACCGAUCUGUGAGUACAGCAGAGCAUCAUUAGGAAUCCUUCAGUGAUUCUCUUUUCCAGUCACGUGUGGUUCAGUGAACAGAGGGGAUGAAAAUAAUCAAUACCAUGUAUCUACCAUGCAGUUUAAAGCAUUUUACUCUGGAAUUUUUUUUUUAAAAAAUGUGACAAGUACUGUUAAAGUCCCUUGAAUACUUCCUCUCCAUUCCAUUUUCUUCCUUCCCUUUCUAGAGGUUUCCAUUAUGAGCCUGUUCUGUUUUAUGUCUGAGCUGCUCAUGUGUGUCUAUAACACAUUGCUCCACACAUGUGACCACAUAUAGUAUAUAUCAGCCUGUAGUAUGAUUAUUUUUUAAAUUAGUAAGACUUAUUCAUAUUAAUAGGUGAAGUUGAAUUUUUCUAGUGCUAGGGUUCAAACCCAGGGCCUCACACACUAGAAAUGCUGAGUGUCUCUGAUCUGCACUCUCAGAUCAGAGGAUCCUAACUUUUUAACUCUCAUGUGGGUCUUCUUUCUAUAAGUAAACCAUAAAUGAUUUUCAUCUCUUCAUACACAUUAAUGGACACGGGCUGUCCCCAGUCGUCGGUCAUCAGUCUCUGUGUGUGGCACAAGGUCUCACUAUGUUGGCCGAAUGGCCAGAACCCCUGGGAUUGAGCAAUCCUCUCUUGCACCUCCUGAGUAUCAGAAUACACAAAGAUUUCACUGUGCCACUAUGCUGGCUGGUUCUGCUUUUAUAAACAGUGACAGAGUGACGUCAAAGCUGACCCCUCUGUUUACAUGAACAAGUUCCCUGGCCAAGCAUGCCUGUGACUCGGCUGCUGUACUGAGAAUCAGCCUUCGAGGGCAUUGAUGGAGCCACUCUUCAGGGGAAUUCACUACUUCACUCCCACACUACUGGUGUCUGAGUUUUCUCCUUCCUUGUUUAUGUUUGUGUCAUGCUUCACAUUUCCCCAUUCUAAUAGUUAUAAGUCUGAGCUUAUGGCGUAGUUUUCCUCAAGUUUAUCAUCUAUCUUUUUUUUUCUUUCUUUUUUUUUUUUUUGAGUCAGGGUUUCUUCUAUAUAGUUUUGGCUAUCCUACAACUCAUUCUGUGGACUGUGGACCAGGCUGACCUUGAACUCAUAGAGAUCCACCUGUCUCUGCUUCUCAAGUGCUGGGAUCAAAGGCGUGUGCCACCACCUGGCUGUUUAUCAUUUUUUCAUGCUUUUAUGGACUACUUGUUUUUCUGCCUAAUUUGUAGAAUACUUCACUCAUUUCUCUGUUGAAUCGCUUAUUUCUUAUAUAGAUUUGUACAUAUUUCAGGUAUCUCCUUCCAGAUUUGGCUGAUUUGUUAUGGUGAUUUUUUUUAAUCAAAAGCUAUAGUUUAGUGUAAACUCUAGUAAGUUGCAUCAUAUUUGAGCUUAAGACAGUCUUUUCUGUCUUGAUGACAUGAUAGUAUUGUCCUGUUGUUUCUUCUUAAAGCUCUGAAGGACUUCAUGCUGUUUGUGAGCUAAGCCCUGUUCAAUGUGAUUCCACUUUGAUUUCUCUGUGUGGACAAUAGUAGACCUCAUUCUAUAUCUGCCGGUCUGUGGUUCCCAUCCUAUGCCAUUGGUCCCUGAGUCAGUCCACACUGCCUUACUAAGAUUCCUGUCUCUGGGCAAGAAAGACACCUGCCUCCACUUUAUUUCCCAUAUUGUUGUUGCUUCUCAAAUUUGUUGGACUAAUUUUUAAUAUUUUACUCUUCAUAUGAAUUUUUAAAAUUAGAUUUAUUAUUUUACGUGUGAGUGUUUUGCCUGCUUGCGCAUAUGUGUACCACAUGCAUGUGUGGUGCCCUCAGAGGUCAGAAGAGGGGAUUAGAUUACCUGAAACUGUAGUUAAUAGAUUGCUGUAAGCCAUUUUGUGGGUGCUGGGAAACUAACCAGGGUCUUCUUAAAAAAACAAGUGCUCUUAACUUCUGAGCCACCUGUCUGGCCCCUUCAUAAGAAUUUUAUGAUUAAUUUAUUUAAAUUUUGUUUGUUUCCUUUUUUGUUUGUUUGUUGAACCCUUACUGACCUGAGACUUUCUGAGUUUGACGGACUGAGUGCUGGAAAUAAAGAUGUUGGUCAGCCUGAUGAGCUUCAGAGGCUGGAGCGUGAACUGGAUGCGUUAGACACAGGUAUUCCUCCACAAGAAGCUUCCCAUAUAUUGGACCAUGGUACAGACUUCAAAGAUGAAACAUUAACCCCAGUAAAACCACAAGCCGUAAGAAAGAAGACCGUGACAGGGCAUAUGCCACUUAGGAAGAAAGAUACUUCAGAGUCAGCUAGAUCACAGCAGGGACUCCACAUAUCUGAAAGAAAUCGACCAAACCAACCUUACAGCAAAAGCAGAUUGCAGCAGACAACAGUGUCAUCUAGACUAAAAAUGAACCGACAACCUGUGAAAGACCAUAGGGCUCCUUGGAUACCUCCAAACCCCACAUCUCCACCAGCCUCUCCUAAAUGUGCUGCCUGGCUGAGGGGGAAGUACAACCCCAGAGAUGCUGCAAAGGUGCAGUCCCUACAGCAAGAGACUACCCACAGGGAAAGUCAACUGGGAGGUGCUGCCGAGCAGGAAGCAGCCAGGCUUUCUUGGCCAGAUGCUGAGUCUUCCAAAAGACUGAAGGAACUAGAAGAAUUGGAAGCCAAAGAAUUGGAAAGAAAGCAAAAGCAGAGGCUCGAUUGGCUUGAGGCUGAGACUUCUAGAAGAACCAAAGAGUUGGAUGAACUAAAAGCUGAAGAGAUGGCCAGACUUCAAAAACUAAGUGUCUCUGCCACCCAGUUAGCUGACAAGGUGGAGGAGGCAGUUCUGGAGCGGUUGAAGCCCCUCUUGAUCAAGGCCCAGAGAGUUAAUUCUUCGGUGGAAGUGAAUGGUCAUUUGAAGGAUCUCCCAUCACGGAGCAGAGCAGCGGCACCCACAGCCGCCCAGCCUGCAGUGCAGGCUUCAGAUGUCCAUUUUGAAUCCAGGAACAUUUGUCAGCUGGAUGACUGUUUGGAAGAUAGUGCUCAUGAGCUCAGGGCUGUGACUCAUGACAAGAUCUUGGGGUCAGAAACUUCAACCAGAUUGGGGGACAGCAAGGACAGCCCAGAUCUAGAGACCAUGAUGCUCCGGAUGGAAGAAAUGGAAAAAUACCAGGAGACAGUUCGCCAAAGAUAUAAUAAAAUUGUAUACGCUGACCCUCACUUAUGGACGCACGAAGAAAGAAAUGACCAGAACACCCCAGCAGUAAGUGAAAGACCUUUGGCUUCCCAUCCAAUCAAGAUCACCAAGACAGCAACUCGAAAGUGCCCUGAGGUGAACAUCUUGUUAGAAAGGCCCUGCAGUGCCAACUCACUGGAUGAAAGUAUGGGGACAGAGGAGGAAUCAGAGAAAAUGGAGGCCCCCCUUCCCUUCUUCAGAGAAGAUCUGCAUCAGAAAGAAGGCCAAACUCCCCUCUCAGUUCCACCAGGGAUGCGGCACAGCAUCGGUGAUUACUGUAGCCGAUAUGAGCAGUUCCUACGGAUCAUUUCUCAUGAGGCUAUAGGCUCCUUCAACCCAUGGCUAAUAGCUGAAAGUUACAGACAGAAAACAGUGAUUUAUAAGGAAGAAGCCUGGCAGGCAUCGCCACAUCUGAAUGGCCAAAAUCAGCAGUCAACAUUAAAGGGACAAGCACUGAGGGGACACAGAUCUCCCCUCCUGCAUCUGUUCCAGAACUAUGCAGCUGACAUGAUUAUAAGAGAAUACUAAACAACCCAGGACCUGAGGACAAUGGGAGGAAAAUGCUUCACUCUCCAAAAAAUGUUACAGUCAUGAAAGAGAAAGUGAGGAACAUAUUUUAAAGGAAAGAGGUCUAAAGAGACAUGACAGCUAAAUAGCCUGGAUUGGAUCCUGGAUUCUAAAACGUUUUAAGGGCCUUAUUUGGAUGGCUGGCAAGGUUUGAAAAAAGUCUGUACGUAAGCUUAGAUAAUGGUUUAUGGUACUGUUACGACAGUUGUCUACAUGGUGUCUUUUCUAGGACACACUGAAGUUCUUGAGGGUGUCCAGGUCUUCAACAUACUCUCUAACAGUUCAAAUAAAAGAGGCUGUGUGCUGUGUAGACACACAUGUUUAUGUAGAGGCA